CCGGGGCUGAAGUGUGGGUUUUUCCGAAAAUACGAACCCCGCGAUAAAGAUGAUCCUCAGAUGAGGAAUUCAUGGGGUCGUGUGGGGCACGCCGAAGAACAGUUAUUCAUGGAGGAUACAAUCAAUUCUUUCGAGAAGGGUUUCAUAGACGAAUGGAGCCGGGUGGCCAGGUAUUUGCGGAGUGUAGAAGCGAAUGAGGGCGAUUUGGAGCAGGGCGAUCCGGACCAGGGCGAUUUGGACGAGGACUGGGUGGGGAUUAUUAAAGCUCUUCGUGAGUUAGGUUGGGGUGAUUAUGGCGGAGGUUGUGCGGAGGGUGAAUCGCUUGAGCAUCUCAUUAGACAGGAAUUUGAGACAUUAGGAACAUAAGGGGAGGAUAUACUAGGAGGAUAGGAAGGCGAGCGUCCUUAAUCCAGUCGUUUAUUUACUUCCCUUGAGUUGCUCGGUAGUACCUACCUACUUAGAGAGGACUACUAACGGGGAAUAAGUCCUGGCCCGACGACCUACCGGGGUCAGACUUGCC